GUCACGCUGACAGCUCUCGAUACUUUUCGUCCAUCGCCAAUCUAUCGUCGGGCUCGUGAGAUUCUCGCCAGUUGAAAAUUUUUCGUCGUACUCUCGUAACAACAAAGCAGCGACAAAUCGUCAGACAGCAGCAACAUGUCCGCCUACAAGCUGGAGACCGCCCCCUUCGAUCCACGGUUCCCCAACCAGAACGUGACCCGCUACUGCUACCAGUCGUACAUCGACUUCCACCGCUGCCAGAAGAAGCGCGGCGAGGACUUUGCGCCCUGCAACUACUUCCAGAAGGUCUACAAGUCGAUGUGUCCCAACGCCUGGGUGGAGAAGUGGGACGACCAGCGCGAGAGCGGCACAUUCCCGGGCCGCAUCUAGAGAUCUAGAGGUCACCGCAACCCCAAACACCAACCCCAAAGCACACAGAGGACACGAUGGAUGGGCGGACGUAGCGAAGUAGCGACGUAGAGGAGUGUGGCCAUCAGAAUCCAGCAAUUGCAACAGAGACUACUUGUUCAUGUUUGUGCUUUCCCGAGCGAUGAAUGCAGAUUAUCGUCGUCAAAUACAAAUACACAAAUGUUCAAUUAACUGAAUUCUGAAUCCGAA